AUGGUCGCUCUAUCUACUGUCCAAGCAUCAAAUGCACUGCUGAAAACCCUCCCACACCCUGUGGCUAUAUUUGUCGGGGCAACCAGCGGUAUCGGCAAAUCCACUCUUCUCCAUUAUGUACAAUACACAUCCUGCCCACGUAUCUAUUUCAUCGGUCGGUCACAGUCCGCCGCAGAUGCAAUCUUAUCGGAAUUCAACGAGAUCAAUCCGGAUGGAUCAUACGCUUUUAUCCAGGCGGAUGUGAGUCUCUUGAAUACCGUCGAUGGCGUGUGCAAGACCAUCCGGGAAAAGGAAGAGAAGAUCGAUCUUCUUUUUAUGAGUCAGGGGAUAUUGGAUUUUAAAUCAAAAACAUCGGAACAAUUGCCUCUCAUGAGGGCAUUGUCAUACUAUUCUCGGAUGCGCUUCAUCGCCAACCUUCUCCCCCUCUUGGAAGCUUCUUCCGGCCGCGUAAUUUCCGUCAUGAUGGGCACAAAAGAAGGAUUUAUCAAUCCAUCCGAUAUACGCGGUGAGAAGCUCUCUUUCUGGAACGCAAGAGGCCACCAUUCCUCCAUGAUGACACUGACCAUGGAACGGUUUGCGGAGAUGGCGCCCACCGUCAGUUUCAUCCAUAACUAUCCUGGUUUUGUGGAGACACCAUUUGGGAAGAAAAUGAUGCAGGGCGUCACAGGAAUAUUUAUCAAAGUUCUAUAUGCGAUUGGGAUGCUGUUCAUUACUAGGGAAGAUAUUCCCAUUGACGAGUCUGGACAACGCCAUGUCUAUAUGGCUACCAGUGAUGCUUUCAGUGUUCAAAAGCCUUUCAAGACUACAGAUGCAAGUGCUGAAAGCGAUGGGAAUGGCGUGUUCAGUCUGGGGGCAUAUUGUGAUCCUGAUGAGCGUGUCCAGACAGUGCUAGACAUAUUACGACAGGAUGGGAUCAAGGAGAGGGUUUGGCUUCAUUUACAGGAGGAAUUCAAGAGGAUAGAUGAUAUGAUAUAG